CUAUUCCCGCACGACCCGCAAUUUCGCGGCCGGCAGGUUGUGACGAUGCACAACCAGCGCGAUUUCGUCUUCUUCCGCCACCACCGGUACAUCUUUGAGCAAAAGGAGGAGCGGGGGCAGGUCUCGGCGCGGCUGCAGGAGCUCGGCCCGCGCUUCACGCUGCGGCUCAAGUCUCUCCAGCUUGGCACCUUCGAUACGCAGCACGGCGAGUACGAGUGGAAGCACAAACCGGAGCUCGACACGAGCCGCAGGCGCUUCCACGUAUAG